AUGGAACGCCUUGUUUCUGACGAUAGGCUGACUAGCUCUUGGGCAGUCCAGCUUAUACCUAUUUUUGGCGUCUUGUAUCUGUUUUACAGCCUCUCUCCAUGGCUAUGGCUCAGCCACUCUUUUGUGAACAAUCGGAAGGGCUUUGAAAUUCUCUGGACAAAUGCAAUGAUAAGAUUCAAGGAAAAUGGCAAAGGGAUCAUGGCAGAGGGUUUCGCCAAGCAUGGAAACGCAUUCUAUGUGAUGACCGAUUAUGGCAUCCAUCUGGCUUUGUCUCCAAAAUAUGCAAACGAGAUUCGCAAUGACCCCAGACUGAGCCCUGAUAUGUAUAACGCUGAGAUGCUGAACGGACAUCUUUACGGGUUUGAAGGCGUGCGAAUCGACUCCGUGGAGAUGAAGUUCUUCCAUGAUAUGAUUCAAAACCGCUUGACGCCGAUGCUAGGAAAAUUAUUGGCCCCUCUCGUGGUCGAAGCCGAGGAUGCGAUUCGCAAGCACUGGACCGACAGUACUGAAUGGCAUGAGGUCAAGCUGUACAAUUCAGCAGGAGCUAUCAGCAAGCAAGUCUCUGGUCGGGCAUUUGCUGGGGAAGAGCUCUGUCGCCACCCAGACUGGCUUGAGGGCUGUGAGCAGUACACUCGCGAUAUUUUUGCUGCGGGGGCUACUGUCCGCAUGUUUCCAGGCUUCAUUCGGCCUCUGGUAGCAAGAUUUGUUCCACAGUGUCACGUGCUCCACGAAAGGCUUGACAGUAUAGCGAAAAUGAUACAGACAGUGAUCGAUAAACGACGCGCUGAUCGAGAGGCUAGUGUUUCCCAAGGCAAAGAUCCAAAGGAGCACCUUGACCUGUUACAAGACAUGGAAGCUUUCUCAAACAGCAGCGCCAAGGAUAUGGCUGUGCUUCAGCUCAAGGGGGUACUCGCGAGCGUCAACGCCGUUCAGGAAAUUAUGGCACAGACAGUUUUCAAUAUCUGCGCCAAUCCGGAGCUCAUUCCUAGUCUCCGAGAGGAGAUCAUCACUAACAUUGGCGCUGAAGGUUGGAAGAGAACCUCGUUCCAUAAGCUCCAGCUCCUAGAUAGUGUGAUGAAAGAGACCCUGCGUAUGAAACCAGGAACCAUGGCUCCCAUGUCACGCGGUGCUCUGGAGUCGAUCACGCUUUCCGACGGACUGAAGAUCCCCAAGGGCACUCUGGUGAAUCUCAUGUGCCACAAUAUGUGGGAUGAGGAUGUGUAUCCAAACGCGAAUCAAUUCGACGGAUACCGAUUCUAUCGGCUCCGUCAACAUGCAGAGACCAGGAACCAGGCUCAUCUUGUUUCAGCCACUCCGGAUUAUCUGGGAUUCGGACUCGGAAAGCACUCGUGCCCGGGCAGGUUUUUUGCGGAGACAACUAUUAAAUUUGUUGUCGCCCAUCUUUUGUUGAAGUACGAUAUGAAACUUGUGGACGGCAUAGAGCCUCGAGUCGAGCAUAUUGGUAACGCUAUUCUGGCCAACUCAUCGGCUCCGAUCGCUAUCCGCCGACGAAAGGAAGAAAUUGCGCUGGAUAUCAACAUGAGUGAUCAGUUAUGA